AGCGAUGUAUAAGCAACAGCUGUUACAACAGGGCAUGUCAUAUGAAAAUUUUCGUUAACGACGCUAGUGGAAAAUACCAACAACAAACAUGACAAGCCGUGAUUGACAGUUCGUUUGUAAGCAUAUUUGACGAGUCCCGCCAUUCGUAUACACAACGAAUGCAGUUUUCAUAUAGUUGUGUUGUACAUUUGUUUGAAAAGAUUUAUCCGAGUGAUUAAUUGUUAAUUAUAAUAAAUAAGUGUAGUGAUUAUGCCUGGGAAUUCAUGUGCAGUGUGUAAGAGUAGUUGGAACAAUACUGUAUCAAUGUUCUCGCCGCCACGGGAUGAGUAUAUGAGAGGUAAAUGGGAAGUAGCGUGUGGCGUCAAACUAACACAAAGCUCUAGAUUGUGCUCCAAACACUUCACAGCAAACGAUUUCACAUCAGCAAACCCAAAACGAGCACGUUUGCAAGGAGAUGCAGUGCCUUCGCUGAAUUUUACAACAGCAAGCGUUAAAAGCAGAGCAGCGGAUGAAAGUUUAAGCGCCAUAGACAGUUAUAGGAAAAAUCGCGCCUCCAUGGAACAACUACUAUUCUUUGUGAACUUCGCACGCAAGCACCCGAAGCUGCUAACAUCGAAGUUUGGCGCUGUGAGUCACUUAUGGGAAGAAUUGGCGUGCAAUUUAAAUUCAAAGGAUGGCGCUUGUCGCUCAGCUGAUAAAUGGAAAGAGUCGAUGAGCACUUGGCGCAGUCAACUGAGAUGUCGUGCACGUCGUGGCAAAAGUAGCGGUGUACCACAAUUUGACGAAUUCGCUUUAUGGAACUUCGGACAGCAUGCACUAAAUGAACAAGAGCAAAUAGCCAUUACAUCUACCAAUAAUGACCUGGUUGAUGAGGACGUUGGCGAUGAAAACAUGGUCCACAAUGCAAAGAACAUUAAAGAUUUUCUGCAAACUGAAUUGGGUAACAUCAAAAUGGAAGUUGUAAACUCGGAUGAUGACAAUAGUCGCCAUGAAGAUACUCAAACUAAUGUCGCACCGAAUCUCGCGGAAGUACUGGAUAUCAAACAUGAUAUGGACCUUUCGGAUGACAGUAACCCAGUUUCUAAAACAACUGCCUCGAAUACAGUAGCAGAUAUGCCAACAUUAGAUAUUCCGCGCACUUUGUGUUCAAAAAUGGUUGUUAUACCCCGUCAAAUUGUGACUAAAGAAUCGGAAAAAGCUAAAAUAUUUAUUAUACCACGUACAACAACUGAAAAUAAUACGUCAACAACAGCCGAUAGCGUUAAAAGAAAAAUAGUUACACAACCCGAACCAACAAGUAUUGCAAAUAAUUCCUUAUCGCAUAUAGAGGACAACACAAAAAGCAUUGACACGCCGCCGCAAGCCUCCAAUACUUCAGCAAUUUCAUGCAGUUCUAAAGAUCUGGACAAAUCGGAGAGCAGUCAGGCAACUUCCCCACCUGUAGUAUCACAUACUGCAUCAACGCCUGAACCACAUGUACCUGAGCGUGCGGCAAAUGCUGCGAAAAAGCGUAAAAAGGCAACAUUACAUGAAAUGUACGGAACCCUUUUGGAUAGUAUGACAAGGCGUGACCAGCGAGAAGAACAAUUCAUAACUGUUAUGCAAGGAUUAACCGAUGCUGUGACACGUAUGGCUGAUAAUGUGAAACGGCUGGAGGAAGUCUUGACUUUUUGUGCCAAUGAUUAAUGAGGACAAAAGCCGCACAAUUUUUGUACAACCCUAAUGUUGGCUACGUAAUAGUAUUUAAAAUAAGCUGUAUACGAAAUAAAUACAAUUAUAAAUAAAUAAAUAAAUGCAUUGCAGUACAUGCACGCUGUCGCGUUGUUUACGCAC